CGCAGACCCAUCGACGAGCCCAGCUAGCUCACCUGAAUGGAUUUAGUGCAUGACAGAUCAUAAUGAAUGGGACAGAAGGUCCGAACUUCUACGUGCCAAUGUCCAACAAGUCGGGCUUGGUGCGCAGCCCGUUCGAGGAGCCGCAGUACUAUCUAGCCGAGCCAUGGAAGUAUUCUCUGCUGGCCGCCUACAUGCUCUUUCUCAUGAUCACUGCCUUCCCAAUCAACUUCCUCACUCUGUACGUCACCGUGAAACACAAGAAACUCCGCACGCCCCUCAACUACAUUCUUCUGAACCUGGCAGUCUCCGGCUUGUUCAUGGUCUUUGGAGGCUUCACGGUCACUCUGUACACCGCCCUGCAUGGCUAUUUUGUCCUGGGUGUAACUGGGUGUAAUAUCGAGGGCUUUUUCGCCACCAUGGGAGGUGAAAUUGGCUUGUGGUCCCUGGUAGUUUUGGCCAUUGAGCGCUACAUUGUGGUGUGCAAGCCUGUGUCCACAUUUCGUUUCGGAGAGAAGCAUGCCAUCAUUGGAGUCGGCUUCACUUGGAUCAUGGCCCUCACCUGUGCUAGCCCACCACUGCUGGGCUGGUCUAGGUAUAUUCCAGAAGGCAUGCAGUGUUCAUGUGGAAUAGAUUACUACACCCCGAAGCCUGAAUACAACAACAUAUCAUUUGUCAUCUACAUGUUCAUCCUCCAUUUCAGUAUUCCGCUCCUGAUCAUCUUCUUCUGUUACAGUCGCCUUCUCUGCGCAGUUCGAGCGGCCGCAGCUCAGCAGCAGGAGUCAGAGAGCACUCAGAGGGCAGAGAAAGAGGUCACCCGGAUCGUGGUCGUUAUGGUGAUCGCGUUCUUGGUGUGCUGGUUGCCGUAUGCCAGUGUUGCUUGGUACAUAUUUGCCAACCAGGGCACUGAGUUCGGACCUAUUUUCAUGACCGUGCCGGCGUUCUUCGCCAAGAGCGCCGCCUUAUACAAUCCAGUCAUCUACAUCUUCAUCAACAGACAGUUCAGGAACUACAUGCUGGUCACUCUGUGCUGUGGAAAGAACCCGUUCGGUGAGGAUGAGACCAGCACCACGUCCUCUACAAAUACCCAGUCUUCUGUGGUCACCUCAAGCCAGGUGUCCCCUGCCUGAACUCGUCAACUUGGACCUCAAUCUCUCUAGACCACACCCCCCAAUGCACCUGGAACUCCAUCAGCAAAGUAGCCUCAUGUUGGUCGACCUUGAAACAUCUCAUUGUCUGUUCUCGACUUUACAUUAAUGGUUAGUCUCCCAUUUAUCAGCAGUUACUUCCAUACAGUCUGUUUUUGGAUUUCCUGUUAUUUAAUUGUAAUACGCACACUGGAGCAUGGCACGUGGUCUAAAGCGUCCAUCAACCUUAGCCUUAUAGAUUAUUAAAAAUGUAUCAGCUUAUUUAAAUAAACCUGUAGUCUAAGAUUUUAGAUGCCCUGCUCCUUAUCCAUUACUGACCGUGUGUUGUAGAGUGUGACGAGUGAAUAAAGUGAUGAACGGGUAAAAUGGCAGACAGAUGUUCCAGUCAUGAAAAACACCUGGAGUCACAGGUUCAUAGAUGUCACAUUCAGCUUUUGGGAUUCAAUUUGUGCUUGGUGCAUUCGGCUCAUUGUUAGAGGAAAUGUUAGGAUGUAAGUGUUACAGUGUGAACCGUCACGCAGAGUGAAAUAAAUAAAUAAAUAAAUUAUAAGAAAAACAUCUCUCCUCAUACAGUGAUUAUGUUUUCAUUACUUGAAUGCACUGCAAAUGUUUACCAAUGAAGUCUAAGCUGAUGGUUUGAAUUGG